CUGACAGGCUAGAUGUAAGAACUGGCAGCAGUGGAUUAUGAUACCUACUUAUAGCGAGCUGAAAACAUGGCUGUGUGUAACACCAUACAGCGGUGUGUCUGGCCUACUUUAAUCCUAUUGUGGGUCUGCAUGUGGGAAGCCAGCUGUGACAUUCAAUAUCAAGCAGAGGAGGAUGAGAUUUUCCAUUCUGACAAACGGACCAGACUGGGAUGGAAUUCUGUCCCACCCAAAGAAUGGGAUGAUAUUCGGAUGAGAGUGGAUACAGAGAGUCAAGUGCCCGUGCUCCAAGCUUGUGUAGGACGCAGGGCUAGAACUGUUUCAAGUCAUUGGAUGGAGCGUAAGGAUGCCCACUAUCUACUGAUGGAUGUUGCAUUUGCCCAAGAAGAGGAACCGUCUGGUCAGCUCAGCCCUCUGCAGGUUUACCUUGUUGACUCAGACAUCCCCAUCAAAAACUUUCAAUACCUUUGGCCAGUCCUGGACCUCAAGACCUCCAAGCCAUUCCCUGCCGCACUCCCUCACACCCAAAUAUCCAGCCACCUGAACCGCAGCCUGGCUCUGAACCUGGGCCCUGUCAGCCGCAGAGGCUUCCAGCUCGCCUUCUCCUACUCAGGAACAUGUGUGCUGGUAACAUCCAUCAGAUUGUACUACAGGAAGUGCCCUGACAUUGUGGCUCACCUGGCCUCGUUUAAGGGGACAGGGGCCGGGUCGGAUCCCGUUACAGGAUCCUGUGUGAAGGGAGCUGUGGAGGUUUCUCAGCCUGUUAGAGAGUGUAAUGUGGACGGAGUAUGGGGUCCACUGGAGGGGCGAUGUACCUGUGAACUCGGCCAUCAACUAAUCAAUGACACCUGUCAAGUGUGUAGGAUGGGCUACUACAAACCAGCCAAUGGGAGUGGAGGAUGUCGGCUGUGCCCACCAAACAGCAGGACACAUGUGGAGGGAUCAGAGAGGUGCGACUGUUUACCAGGUUACAGCCGCCUGCCAACGGACCCAGAUGACCUCGGCUGCACCAAGCCGCCCUCUGCUCCUGUGAAUCUAACAGCUCAUAGUCAUAAUGACUCUGUGGUGAGAGUGACAUGGGAUCCUCCUCAUGACUUGGGAGGCAGACAGGAAGUAACGUAUCGCAUUAAGUGUGAGACGGAAGUGGAAGCUGGCAGUCAGUGGGUGGCGUGUGGGGACGAUGUAUUUUUCCCUCGUGACUCAGCAGGGCUGACCAACACAUCAAUCAGCAUCACAGGACUGAAUCCACAGCAUGACUACAGGUUAUCAGUGCAAGCCUGGAAUUCACUCACCCGGCAGGCGGCGCCACCUUCAUCCACUGCCACGGUUACAAUUCAUAGAUGGAAAGUUCCACCUGUGGUAAUCGCUGUGACUGUGGGCUUAAACAAUUUAGAGACUGGAGUAACUCCAGCUCCUAACCACCAGAGUCGCUUCUCCAUAUGGCUGACAGUUGGUGUUUUAUUUGGCUUUCUGCUGCUCAUGGCUGUAAUCCCCAUUGCUGCAUGUGCCCUGCGUUGCAACUACACUAAACUCAGGUCUGACCAGGAAGUAGAACUUUUACCGAUCAAUGCAGAAAUAUCAUACCGACGUCCGCGGGAGGUGGAGCAUGCGCCCCAGCAGGCCACCAUAUUCCUGAACAGCAACGAGGGUGUGGUCCAGUUGUUGGAAGGUCUCAGUGGCAGGCUGCUGGCCAGUCUUAAGGAUGUCCUGGUAGAGAGAAACAAGCUCACCCUGGGCAAAGAGCUUGGCAAAGGAGAGUUCGGCUCAGUCUAUGAAGGGGUUUUUACACCACACGAAGGCAUGGACAUCAAGGUGGCUGUGAAAACCAUGAGAGUUGGAAUCCACAGCCAGGAAGACUUACACGAGUUUUUGAAAGAGGCAGAGAUCAUGCAGAACUUUGAUCAUGAAAAUGUCGUCAGACUUCUCGGGGUCACUUUGCAGAGAGAGGAGGACUCUUCGCUGCCUGUUCCUCUGGUUAUCCUGCCUUACAUGAAACAUGGAGACUUGCGUCGCUUCCUCAUUGCUACCCGUUACGGUGAUAUUCCUAUGUUUGUGCCCCAUCAGUCUCUCCUGCGCUUCAUGAUUGACAUUGCAUCAGGGAUGGACUAUCUGAGCUCGCAGGGGUUCCUGCAUAGAGACCUGGCUGCACGCAACUGCAUGCUGGGUGAUGACCUAAAGGUACGUGUGGCUGACUUUGGCCUGUCCAAGAAAAUCUACAGCAGCAAUUAUUAUCGUCAGAAAGUAGUUAUUCGUGUGCCAAUCAAGUGGAUGUCCAUGGAGAGCCUGUCUGAGUCUGUCUACACCACCAAAAGCGAUGUGUGGUCAUUUGGGGUGACCAUGUGGGAGAUUGUGUCCCGGGGGAGGACUCCCUAUCCUGGAGUUCACAAUCACGAGCUGCUGGACCUGCUGCUGUCCGGCCACAGGCUCAAACAACCUGAGGAGUGUGACCACAAACUUUAUGAAGUCAUGCGACGCUGCUGGGAUGAGGAGCCGACCCUCAGGCCUGGCUUCAGGGAACUGGGUGAGACACUGAAAGGCCUUCUGUCGGAGCUGCCGGUGCUGGAGGCCAGCCAGGAGGCCAGCUACAUCAACCAGGGCCUGGAGGUUGCUGCUGCUGUGGCAGCCUCUCAGGAUCCACAGACAGACUCCGGGGGAAGAUGGGAAAACGUCUACUUGCCUUCUCCUGUGGGUGCUGCUGCAGCCAGAGAUGAAGAUGUGGAAGUAGAGGGUGGCUACCUUAAGUUUUUUACUGACUCAGCAGUUAAGGGGGAUGACAAAUACUAAAAAAUACAGUUUUUACAAAUACAAACUGUAAUUUUUUAUUAAAUUGGACCAUUCUUGAACUGCGUGUGUGGGGGUGUGUGAGUGUGAAAGAGAGGGGUGGCACAGGCUCCCAUUGGAAUAGGGCUGACUACCAUGGGUGCAGCCCAUACUAUGUAUGGAAGUUGAUAACAAGCUAGAAAAUCACUGUAUUUUGCACCUUACAUGUUUUGUAUUCUGUAUCUGUAUUGUGUGUGUGUGUGUGUGUGUGUG